CGCGCGCGCAGCUCAAAACUAGACAAAAGGGAGAGAUUUUUUCGAUGAUGCAUGUGGUAUCGCACAGAAUUUGACGUAAAUGAAUCGUUUAUCUACUUACGUACCCCCAAAAUGCCUGUUAAUGCCCUUGUUUUUACUUAACGUUCCAAAAUCGACUAAAUUUGGACACGCGCUAUUCGACCUGUUAUAGCUUGAUCCGUACAAUUUAGUAAAACUGCCAAAAAACUGAACAUAAAUUUAUGGCAAUUUUUUUCUCAUUAAAAGGAAGCAAUGUUCUCAUUAACAUCAUGAAAUAAAAAAUGGGGUUACCGUAAACGUUUUUGCUGUAGAGCUGCAGAAAGUGGAAAAAAAAAAAUAAAUGGAAAAUACCUUGUGAUAAAUUUGAUUAUUUAAUAGCUACAACGCACUCACAUUUAAAGAAAGAUGAACUACAAUUUUGCUACGAAUUAGUUUUUAGGAGCUAGGCCCACGCUCUCCUAUAUAUUUGCGAAAAUAAAUACGGCCCGAAGGGCCGAAAUCUUUUCGAAUACCGAGCAGAAUUCGAGCAGAAUAAGCAAUUUUUACGAGCACUGCCGGCAGGCAGAAUAAGCCAUUUUAGGAGCAGAAUUUAUCCAAGCCUAGUAGAAUGACGACGGCUAUCACGUUUUCCUGCGUACCAAUUUUGAGAGAGGACUGGGGCGAGUUUCAAAAUUGUUUGUUUUUACAGAAUUUACACCAAGAUAUCAUAGUUAGGACACAAUGUGAUAAAGAUGGCGCCGCUUAAAUGAAAAUCAAAGUGAGUUAGCACAAGUUAAACAUCCACUAUCGAGGUUCUCCGUGAGGAAGUCGAACUCAGCAACACGAGUACUUCUUGCGGUAUGCACAUUCCAACACCGUGAGUCUUAUCUUAGACUACGAGCAGUCUCUCUUUUUUCUGUAGUCCGUCGAGCAAAACGCGAGACACGCAAAUGGCCACGCGCGUACCGCCCUCGUUUCGCGCGUCUCGCGGCUUCCACGCUCCCGCGCGCGUGCAUUGCUCUCACGAAAUCUGAAGAAAAAGAGAGACUUUUCGCAAUCUAGUCUUAUCUCGGCCAUAAACAACCGCAAGCGAAAAUUCCAAUAGUGUUUCUCUUCAGUCAUCUUCAUUUAACAAUGUUAGUUCAGAUGCUCUUUUUCAGUCUUUUCACGGCGGCCACCUUGUUAUGCGCAGUGCAAAACCAGCGAAUCACCUUAAUAUGGAUAACAAGGUAAUUUUACCAGGCCAUGUUUGUGAUGAAAUUUCUGGUUUGUUUUUUGUUUUGCGUAGCUAAUCAUGGGUCUUACAGUUGAUGACGUGCUGGACAAGAUUGGCAGCUUUGGACGAUAUCAGCUCAGACUGCUGUUAAUCUUUGGUUUUAUGUAUCUGUUUGGAAACAGCAUUCUCGUAAUGAUCCCAACAUUUCUCAGCAUUGAACCGCCGUGGCGCUGUAAAGAAGGCAGCUCUGCUUGUAACCUUACAGGAAUAUUCAAACCUGGAGAUCACAAUUAUAACUUUCGCUGUUCAAUUCCCCGAGAUGACUGGGAGUUUGACACGAAUGAAAUAACCAACUCAGUUGUAACAGAGGUAAGUCCCGCCUGCUAGUAGAUACGAGGACUAGAACGAAUACGAGUAGGAGAUUUGAUUUUAUUUCGUUUUUUCGCGUCAAAAAAUAAGCAACCCAGAAAUGAUAAAACUUUUUUUUGCCACUACGACAUUAGAGAGCUUUAGAUUGAGUACCAGAACGAGUACAAGUACGAGAUUUAACGUAAAGUUUGUGCGCGUGUUCUCAAAAAAAUGACACUCUGGAAAACUUUUCAGUUUACUUUUUUUCGCAAAAACGUUACUACGGUUAUUAAUACUGAAGUAGUAGAAUGUUGGCUUGGAUAAAUUCUGCCAGCACAAUUUCGAGCAGAAUAAGCUAUUUUUGGCAGGGCGAGCCUUCUGCCGGCAGAAUAAGGCAUUUUCGAGCAGAAUUUGAGCAGAAUAAGGGAAAAUCAGCGGCACUUAAAUGAUAUGCAUAACAGUUGUAGGAAAACUUAAAAACUAAAUAAAAAAUAAAUGGAAAAUACCUUGUGAUAAAUUUGAUUAUUUAAUAGCUACAACGCACUCACAUUAAAAGAAAGAUGAACUACAAUUUUGCUACGAAUUAGUUUUUAGGAGCUAGGCCCACGCUCUCCUAUAUAUUUGCGAAAAUAAAUACGGCCCGAAGGGCCGAAAUCUUUUCGAAUACCGAGCAGAAUUCGAGCAGAAUAAGCAAUUUUUACGAGCACUGCCGGCAGGCAGAAUAAGCCAUUUUAGGAGCAGAAUUUAUCCAAGCCUAGUAGAAUGACGACGGCUAUCACGUUUUCCCGCCAAAAUGACGCAGGUUCACGCGCGAGCGCUACUUAGUAUAAUUGAGAAAAUCUCGAACUCGCAGUCGUUGUUGCCUUAGAAUCUGAAAAGUUCUCGAUUAUCAGUUGCCCGAGGGGGACACCCAACAAAGUUUUAUACGCGAGGCUCCGCUUCGAGGUCCAAUUCCUUAUCCUUUCAUGACAUGACAUUGACGCAGAAAAGGUAUCCCUUUCGCAUACCUUCGAUUGACAAAUGGUAUCCUUUUUACAUACCUAGUAUGGAAUGCUGCAUCCCUUUUGACUGCUGUAAAUGCACCGUCAUUUAAAUAUGAAUAAAUCACUCAGUGUGUUUAAACCAAGACGUUUUCUGUUAUCUAGUUUCUGAUCACAGCUAUAAGAUGCCUCUGUUAGCUUUUUUGGGUCGUUUUACCACAGAAUGAUAUGACAGAUUUUCGUACCCUUUCAUAAACUUCAACGAUUGAAAACCCUACUCUUUUAUACACAUGAAACCUGAAAAAGAUACCCCUUUCUGGCGGAGCCUUCCCGUUUGGCACUUUACAACCUUCCAAACGGUUUUUUGCACUCACAGGAAUAACAAAACACACCAUUAAGACAUUAGCUGACAUUGUCGCCUUAAUAUGUUGCAAAUUUAUUCCUCUAAAUUAUGAUAAUACUUCAAAGACAUUAUUUUAUUUUAAUGGAAUAGCAAUUGCCUGAAUAUCUCGAUUGAAUAUGUUGUAGUUUCGGCACUGAAUAUGACCCUAUUUUUCUUGUGAUUUUCUCUCAGUUCGACCUGGUUUGUAGAGUAUCAGCGCUGUCCCAACUGACCAAAUCUGUAAAUUUCCUUGGUGUCUUGAUCGGUGUCCUUGUUGGAGGAGUUCUAUCAGACAAAUUUGGACGCAAGCCAAUACUUUACUUCUCUUCUGUACUCUGUAGUAUUAUGGGACUGGCUGCGUCUUUCGUCCAUGUUUACUGGCUGUACGUUUUACUUAGAUGUUUCGUGGGUGUUUUCAGCGGUAAGUAGCGAGUGGGCGGAAUUUCGAAUUCAAGGUUGAUUAUCGAUAGUUGCAAUUGGCCCGAAGCCCCGGAGGGGCGAGUGGGGGGUACUUCCUUACAAGAGGCUAAUGGGGAUGUGCCGCUGUAUGGGGUCGAAUUUUCACCACUGGAUUGACUAUGAUGGGGUCGCAUAUUUUCUGAUUUUUUGGGGUAAGAAAGUUCUUCACAUUUACGGUGACUAGGAUGGGGUCUAUAAUUGGCAAAAUAUGUAAAAUGUCAGCAAGUCCACAGCAUCAAACCAAUGAGUGGUGCCGGAUCUCCCAGUUGUAGACCUGGAUCAGUACAAUUAAACUUGUAGAAAAAUAUGAAAUGGCAAACUGAUCCUUACGGCAAGGUGAUGAAGAAGUAAACAAAAGAAUAAAACAAAAAAAAUAUAUACUUAAACAAAUUGUCCAAUUUGUUUAAAUAUAUAUAUUGUGCAAUAUAGUCUGCAAUUUGUUUAAAUAUAUGUUUUCUUUUGUUUCAUUUUUUUGUUUACUUCUUUAUCGCCUUGCCGUAAGGAUCAGUUUGCCGUUUCACGUUUCAUGACUGGCCACAGAAUAGACUAUAAUGGGGUAGGGGCUCCAAAGAGGCCAGCGGCACAUACCCAGCAAAAAUUAACCCAAGCUCCCCCUCGGGCCCGAAGGCAAUAAAAUACUAAGACUAUCGUGCGUUUAGGCCUAGUCGUUCAAAGCUCGGUGUGAACAGAACGAAAACAUUAAGCGAUUCCUAGUGAACGAAGUGUCCCGGGUCAAAUUUUUCAGCUGGUCGAAAGUUACGUCCGGUGCCCUGUGAAAGUAGCUUAAGUUAAAUGUCAACCUAGGCUCCUGCUGGGCUCAGUUGUUCGAAGGCCGAUUAGCGCUUAACCCAGGGUUAAAUUUAACCCGGGUUUCUUUUCUUUUGUUCAAAAUAAUUUUCUCAGAUAAUUUUCUCUGUUAUUUUGAAAAGCAUCCAAUCAUCAACUUGUUGACAAAAAGAAUUAAAGUGAAUUUACUUUUUAAGCUUUCAUAUCUAGAUCUGAAUUCAAAUUUCGUACUAACCCUGGGUUAUCUUAACCCAACUUUGAACAACCCGACCCAUCUACUUACAUAAAAAAUAGAGACAAAAAAUGUAAGUAAGAUAGACAAUGAGCGUAAACGUAAAAGCUGAGGGAGGUCAGGUUAAAAUUUUACGUUUAUGCGUGACCUUUGUUACAUUGCCUCUAUUUAACGUUAAAAUUACGCACGUAAAAAUUACGCGACAGUGGAAAUCCCCCUUGACAUAACAUUGUCAAUGGAUAUGCUGUGACGGAGUUUGUCGCACUCACUUUUAUUACAUACUCAAUUUUUUUUUUUAGCACGUUGUCUCCAACCUCCUAAUUAUUAUGCAACAUGCAGCUUAAUAUGGGCCUCAGAUACACUAAACUUGUCCGGAUAGAUUUGGAAACUUAGGUAACCCCCUGAAAUGGAUGAAAUCUUCUUUUGUUUCUUGAAAUAUGCGCACAUUUCUUAAGUCCGCGCAAUCUCGUUUCCAGAGGCUGCGAUCCUUCUGAUCAGCGCCAGCAUUCACUCCGUUCUACUGGAUAAGGAUAACUAAGGCUCUAGGACCGAACCGGAUUGUAGCCCGCCCUAAGAUGGCGAUCAUAGGGCCAUUUGAAGCCAGCUUUUUUUAGCUAAUUUUAGAACCCAAAUGUGUAGUCUCAUGGUCGACUCAAAUCACAUUGAUUGCUAGCUCGGUAUAGGGUCGAUUUGCGCCGUUCUUUCCGAGUCCGGUCUAACUAACAAACAGCGGGUCGUAACAUGGCUUAGUUUCAACAUCAUCUUCUAUCUCUUUCCUUGAUUUACAGGAUCUUGCGGUCUCGCUUCUUACGUUUUACUUGUGGAGUAUGUUGGAAAACGUCAUCGUCACAUGAUUGGAACCACCUUGUUCUAUUUCUGGGUCUUGUCCCUAUUGUGGCUUGCACUGAUUGCUUACCUGAUAAGAGACUGGCGAACACUUUCCAUCGUGGGAUCAGCCCCAGGCCUCCUGCAAAUUUUCUUCUGGUGGUAAGUACAGUUCAUGAAAGAUGGUUCGUGUUGUUUGCCAAUCAUCAAGUACUGUAUAUAUAUGUGAAAUUACAUCCGCACUCUUCGGAUUAGUGGCCGAUCCAGGGCAGGGGCCCUCCAAAAGAGGCUGAAGCACGUUUUGAGCCCGCAGGGCCAAAUUUGUUUUUUCGGGACUAAAACAGAUGCGCGAAGUCUAUGAGCUCACCAUCGCUCAUUUUGUUAUUUUCCCGAAUAGUGUCAAUCUGUUGAUAACCCUCUGAGUGUAAUGUUUCACUUCAGGUUUAUACCAGAAUCUCCUCGUUGGCUUCUUGUAAAAAACAAGAAAGAGGAAGCACGGGAAAAACUCCAAAAGGUGGCUGCCUUCAAUAGAAAAGAAAUGCCAGAUGAAGAACUUGAACUGAAAGACGCUAAGGAGGGACAGAGAACUGGGGACUUCCGCGACCUCUUUAGUUCCUUUAACAUGACAAAGAGAACUCUGAUAUCCUGUUUUUCUUGGUUGGUGAACAUAUAUUUUCUGUAUUUACCGUACGAGUACUUACGUGACAUGUGACAAUUCUUUCUACCCGCGUUAGACAGACUUUCUUCAGUGAUUUUUACAUGGUAAGCUCUUUUCUCCAAAUGAUCUGACUUCGCUCAAAUGGAUCAAGUGUUCAGUUCUCCGACCAUCAGGACGAUCAAACUUUGAACAAAUCCCUGAUGAGCCUGAUUUUUUUUCCCGUAGUAGAGAUGAUAAGUUUUUUACUUUGAGCGGAACAACAAUAAGUGGUAUAAUACAAUGCGGAAUGGAAAGUAGCUAUUUGCCAGUUUUCGGUCUAUGUUUAACAAAGGUUCUCACCCUUUUUGUGGCGGCUUUUUCUGCGAAAUAAACUGCAUUUGUCGGACAAUGGUGACGGUUCUGUGGAUAGUCAAUCGCGCGCGUCUAUUGGUUAGCGCGUACGUAACGGAGUUACAUCUACUUUAGCUUAUUUUGCUUCGUUUUGUGUAGUAAUAUGCCCUGGCGUCAGUGACUGUGCCUGCAUGCAUUUUGCCGGUUGGUUCCUCAGAAAAAUGUUUUGCGCCCGUUUGGUAUAUGAUUUACUGCAGUCGAAAUCAGUCGUGUAAUUUUGCAUAUUUUAGGCAUCCUACUGAUUUACUGUUACCACAGUUCCAUAUCUCGGGAGCAGCAAUGGUUUAUAGCUUCUGCCCUUAUAAUUGCUUGAAUUGCCAUGGAUUUUUUUUACAGAAUUCCCGUUGACGAUACAUUUUCUCUAACUAUUUAUAGGAACGGCUCUGACUGAACGGAAAUUUCUAACCAACUUUCUGUUUCCAAUGCUAGGAUGGUCAUAUCAUUAGUUUAUUACGCUGUUUCAUUCAGCGCGGGAACGUUUGGUGGUAAUCGUUACUUGGUGUUCUUCUUGACAAGCCUCGUAGAGAUUCCGUCUAACUGGACAUGCAUAGUACUCUGCCGUAGGUAUGUAUGUAAGCAUGAAAAGCAAUUUACUCAAAUCAUUCAAUUUGAACAAUUCCUAAUAGAAUCCUUCCAAAAAAAUAAACAAUUAUUAGACACAAGAAUGUAACGUAAAAGAAAAACAUGGUGUACUGAUCAAGGUCUGCCUCCUUUCUAGUGUCUGUCCUUUACCCCUUGCUAUUAUGGGGGAUUGAAAACUAGAAAAUAUACGCAUCCGUGCUACAUGUAUGUACUUUCUCAGUACAUUGGCAUUAAUUAUAUCGGGUGUCCCGGUACAAACGGCCAAUUUCAUAUUCGUCAUUUUAUAUUCAUUAUCGUGAAAUAAUUGCAAUGGAAAGAGACAGAAAAAAAUUGAACCAAGAAUGACUCUUAUACUACAGCGUAUGAGCUAUGACUAACAGAGCCAGAAAUGAAUUAAUAUGAAAAUCAGUAAAUUACCCGGCAUUUUUAUGUUUCAGGAUUGGCCGAAAAAAAACCACUGUACUGGGCGUGGUCGUAGCGUGCAUUGCUUCCAUUGUUGCAGUUUUGUUCCAGCGCGACCUGAAAAAUAGAGGUAACCCAACCAAAUCCCGGCCCAUUCCACCACUAGCUUUUCGUGUCUUAUAGUGUUUGCAACACUUGUGUUGUCAGGGAGACCGGAGAAUGCUUUUAGCUCUCUUUUUGUUUAUGUCUGAAUAGUUAAACCUCCUAAUUUCUGAAUUUUGUCGAUCGAGACAUAAUUUUCAGCUUAAAAUGCAGGGAACCCCUUUUUAUAAUUUUAUUCAUUUUUCAUUGUAAUGUUCUUUGCUGUUUAGUAUUGAAAAGCCCCCUGGGGAAUACUAAUAAAAGUAUGUAAUAAGUAAAUUAAUAAGUAUAUAUAGGUAUGAACAGACAAUGCGGCAAUUAGCGUACAUCGCGUCAGAAAUGUGCUAUUUUGCUAGUGUGGACGUGAGGCAUUUGAUGCGUUUUUGUUUACACGACAAGGAAGGUUUUUGAAAACGUAAGUUGAGCAUGGCGGCGCUUGAACGUCUACUAUCUCAGUUGAACUCAAUUUAUGCGGAUUGUUUUUGGGAUGAGACGCGUAGGUUCUGGCGAGAGACUAAAAUCAUUUCAACUUCUUAUAUCUAAAUGACAGAUUAUAAUGAUUUCAAUUCACUCUAUGACUCAAUCCUGUCACCACCAUUAAUUUCAGGAUUCCUGGUAGCAAAUAUCAUCAUGGCACAAGGCGUCGCCAAGUUCUUCAUCAACAUGUCGUUUAGUUCAAUCUACGUGUUCUCCAAUGAACUUUUCCCAACAGUUAUCAGGUAUUGUUGGUACAGUUUGGAUAUAUAUCAAUGGAAAGGGAUCACCGUUAUUUUUAGACUUAAACGUAGCUAAGGCCCGCAGGGCCGAGUCUAAGAGAUGUUUCGCUUCCCACCUAAAGGUCCGGAUCUGUUACUGUUGUUUGCUUAAGCUUCAACAAAAGUGUUUUUGUGCGAAGCAUGAGCAUGUCAACCUCACUGAGAACCUCCGAACUAACUCUCGAACCCCCACUAACUACAACCUCUUAACAAAGGUCACUUUUUUGGCGGACAGUCCCUACAUUGACUUUGGUCAAGAGAGGAUAAAGGAGACCUUUUAUCCUUUCUUGCUUUGGUUUAAACCUCCCUACGAAGUCCACCUCACUAUAACGGCCACUUUCGUCUGCCCCCAAGGUGGCCGUUGUGGAGCUGCAGUUAGACUGUAUUUUGAUUUGGGGCAGAUUUGUUGCCAACAAUCGGGCAAAUGACCUCUAUGAGAGAAAAGACAGCAGUUCACAUUAAGGCAGUUUUAAAGAGAAAAAGGCCUUUCCUCUGGUUGACGCGCGAGUAGACAUAACCUGACGCCAUUCUCGUGCUAACAUUAUCUCAGUAUUGGCUGUAACUCCUUUUCUCUUUUUACAAAAACUGAGCGAUUUCUGACGCGCUGAUUGGUUGAGAGUUACUGUCGAUAAGAGUACAGACCACAGAAAUGACGUGAUGGUGGCGAAGUGGUUGCCAUUUUCUGAGAAACCUCAACAGAAAUGGACGCCAAAAGCUGUCAAUGGUGUUGUAACAACAAAUCGACAACAAUUUUCCAUGGUCUAUACUUUUAUCGACCAUAGAAAUGACGUCAAAAUGUUCCAAACUUUUAAGUGACUCGGCUUCGUGCUUGUUGUUUCGCUUGAGUUUUGAACAUUUUGACGUCAUUUCCAUGGUCGCUAAGAGUACAGAAAAUGAAAAAUGGUUGUCGAUUUGUUAAAUAGCGCUUUUAAAUACCGCGUUUCCCUCUAGUUGUUCUUGAUGCAUAUUUUAAGAAACCCUCGGUUAGAAUUUUUAUUCGGGUCAACUGAGUUUACAUCUCAUUCUUAGAAUAAACUGGUAAUUUGUUUGAAUUCGAAUUUGCUGUGCGUGUACACAUUCCACUGAUCAAUUAUUCUUCCAUUUAUUUUCCCAGGAAUAUCGGUAUGGGAGUGUCAUCCGCCUCAGCUCGCAUUGGAUCAAUGUCGGCACCAUAUAUAGUUUGGCUGGUACGUUUAUUCAUGUUUGUACACUGAUGUUGCGGGCCACCAGAGGAGUCCGCAAUCUUAAUCUCCAGGGCCCAGUUGUUCGAAGACCGAUUAGCGCUUAACCCGUGGUUUCCUUUUUUUGUGUACAAAAGGAUUUUCUCGGAUAAUUUUCUCUGUUAUUUUAAGUGCUUCCAAUCAUCAAUUUGUAGACAAAAAAAAAUUAAAACUGAAAUGCUUUUUAAACUUUGAAAUCUUAAUUCAAUCUCGCACUAACCCUGGGUUAUCUUGACCCAGCUUUGAACAACUCGGCCCAGGUUUCGAUGGAGCAGGCUUGGCACGUAUGUAGCCAGCAUUCGUUUGGUCUUCCACUAAGAAUAAAUGGAAUACAGAGAAAGCAAUCUGAGCACGCACGUUUGUACCUUCUAUCUCUUGCAAUCUGGUGAUGGCGUUUUGACCUUCUAUCACGUGAAAAUAAAUCGAAGCGCAUACAGUGUUGGCGCAAGUGCGUUUUGACCUCCGAUCAGAAGCGUGAAAGUCCUCCGCACUCCUUAACCGUUGGGGAUUAUUAUGCGUUUCUGGGAAACUGUCCACCUACCCCUCCCCUAAGCCAACAUUAACACUUACUUCUCACUUAAGGCAAAAUGUUAGCUUAGGGGAGGGGUAGGUGGGCAAUUUCCCAGAAACGUAUAGUGAUCCACCUUUGGUUGUUCCUAGCUGUUGCUCUGAGCUAUGUCUACAUAAUUAACAAUUAUUCCUCGAGCCCGAAUGGGCUCUGAGUCAAUAGCUAUUGACUCAGAGGCCAUGAGGGCGAGAGGAAUAAUAGGGUUUUAGUAAAAUCCAACUAGUUGGUCAAAAAUAUCGAGACAAAACAACUUUGGCUAGCAAAACGCGACUCAGCCGCCAUUGUUUUGGUUUUCAAAGCCUGCGCUUUUCGCUACUUGUAGCUACUUGUACUUGUAUGACAUAUAGCCUAGUAGUAGCUCAACCAAUCAGAAUAGACCACUAGUUGGAUUUUACUAAUACCGGAUACCCUUUCUUGCCUACACGAAAGGCUCUACGGUACACCACCGCGGCAAAACGUCUACGCAUGCGCCAGAUUGAGCAUUUCCGGUCUCUUUUUCAGUCACACUUUCCAGUCAAAGUCUCCCGCGUGCUUCAUUCUGUGGGCAGCUUGUGGUUCAGUUGUUCUGCUUUAUGCUGCUCGUGUUUUUGACUAUUUUGUAGUUAUUGAAAUUGCUUUUAUGGAUAACCAGGCACAGAUCACUGAAACAAUUAGUCGAUUAGAUUCAGAAAAGGUAAGAUGAUAAUAACUCAGUGUGUAAUUUUGGCUAGAGCGUCAGGUAAACUGAUUUUCAUUCACGAAAAUAAGGUUUUUGACUGUUAUUUUUCACUUGACCUGGCUGAAACUAAGACAUAAAAUUAAAACGUUAUCAUUGCAAGCUUGUGUAUUGUAGUUCUAAUUUUUAGUUCUUCAGUUUCUCAGUCUACAUGUGUUAAAGCCGAUUCAAACUUUAUUUGUAAAACGACAACACACAAUCGCUUUGUAGUUUUGUUUACCAGUGGGUUUUACCGUGUUUUAAAACGAAACUCUUCUGGGUUGAUUGCCAUGAAACAUAAGCUUAAUUAUACUGUUGAGCCGGUUGGCAGCAAGUUGACAACUCUAUUUAUUUAUUUUUCCAUUCUCAGAAUCAGAGAGCGAAAGCUGGUUUAGUGGCUUUUGGAAGUCGAACUUUUCAUGCCAUGUAUUUAGCAGCUAGAAGUUUCGUGUUUGCAUGAGAUGCAGCCGAGCCUCAAAGUCUGAAAUUAUUGAAGUCUUCAACAAAAGAACAACCAUGUAAAAGAAUUAAAUAGGCAUUUUCUUGAAUGAAAGUCGUUUAUAGGCAUGUUUAGUUUCCCUGUGACUGCAGUCAUCAAAGUCAAAGUUGUUAUUAAAUCCCGCCCAUCUUUUGUUUUGAGUUCUUGUUUUCUCUGAUAAUAAAACAAAUUAUUGAACGGACUAAAAUUUUAUUUCCUGGUUUUAGUGUUUUUUAUGAUAAUGAUGACGUCUUUAUUUUGGUUUCUUUCAUAAGUAUUGUUAUUCUUUUCUUAGUUGUCGCCUUCUCCCAAAUUAACUUAUGCCAAACCAGUAGCAUGCAAGAAAGCCAGUAAAAACAAAUUCGUCUUGUCGAACGCUCGCGACCUGCAAACUUCAAACAUCAUUUUCACCGUUGGUGCAAACAGAUAACCAUGUGGUGCAAAAGUUUGAGAAUAGAAAAAUAUAUAAGCUUUCGAAUGAAGUGAUUUUUUUGGCCCCCUUUUUUGUCUGUUUCGCCCUUUUUGCUUUUAAACUUGGCGCGACGGCAAAGUUAUGCUUACGCUAUUGGUUUAUAUACUAGACCGGAAAUAAAAAGCUGACCGGAUAUUAAAUUUUGUGCUCAUGCGCAUUGCGUUUUGCCGCGGUGUUCUACGGUACAGUUUGAAUGGCACCGGCCAGAGCUUGAAUAAGUCGUUAACACAUAUCGCACAUUGUACAGGAACGGUUGGCGAAGAGGGUUUGGUGCAUUACAUCUCAAUACUCACUUCUUCCGUCUGAGUGGGUUCCAGUCCUCUCUUCUGAUCAUUUACGCAACGACCUUAAUACCUGUUUUCACUGCGGCAAAGAGUGUGAGAAAUUUAUCAGAGUACCUUUGCCCUUACAUUACAGAAAUCGCCUUGAACUAACCGUUCUUAUGUGCGAACAGAAGCCUUAUCAGCUAUAGUCUUUGUGUGGGUGUAAAAGCUACUUCGGUGUAAUUUAAACAUAGCCAUAGAUUUGCAUUUGCACUUCCAUGUUCUUAUGUUCUGAUAUAUCUUUCCAGGUUCGUGUUCAUGUUCUCUUACCAUACUCCAUUACGGCAGUUCUUGCUUUCGUGUGUGCCGCUCUGUGCUUUUUGUUACCAGAGACCAGAGAUGCCGCAACGCUAGAGAACAUUGAUUCCGUCAACAGCAGCGCUAGUGCCACAGAAAUGACAGAGAAGGAACAAGUUCUUCAUGAACCGGCCAAGGAAAAAGAAGAACUUGGAGAGUUGUUGCUCAAGGAAAGCUAUGAUGUUUAAGUAAAAGCUCUCCAAGAACCGCAUUGUUUUUCAGUUUUGGAAUAUUGAAUUUACUUAUCAUUCGAAUGCAAUGGGCACCACGAUAAAAUUUUCAGUCGAACUCACGCUAAUGCUUUUUCAAAAGUUUGUGCCACUCAGUAGUUGUGGCCGCAAAACCGAGAAACAAUCGGAAAGCCAAAUUUACUCAUAGCAAAACUGUAGAAGUCUGAUAAAGCAGCCAGUCAAUGUGAUAGUAAUACUUUGGAAAGGGUUUGAAACCGUUAUAGAAGUUGCGCUUUUGGUGAGCACUUCAUGUUAGCAAAAACAAAUAGUGUUCCAUUGGGACCUAUGAAACAGGAUUGCCUUUUCUUUGUUGGCCCUUACAAUAAGGAAAAGUCUUUCUUACUGUCUACAACUCGGAAAUCUUGUCGAAGAUUCUCCCAGCAACCUGUAAACUCGGUACAUAAAUAAUGUGAAAUAGUAAAAGACGCAUUUAUGACUC